AUGUGGCCGUUUGAUUCUAUAUGCGAAGAACCUGAUCCGGCACCCAACGCGGUAGUUCGCGUGAAGUUGUCCGAGGUUUGGGUUUACGUGUACAAAAAGGAGCGUAAAUAUGUAAGUUUGGGCGAUCGUAGGACGGAAAUACUGCAGACUAGGAGUUGGAUGGAUAAUUGCAUGUCGAAACUUCGUCCCAAGACUCCACCUGGUAUGUGCGUAGUAAUGGAAAAACGGCUGAUAAAAAAGUGGUCGAUCACAAUCUACAAGAAAAAAAGAAUUUAUAUCCCGGUUGAAUUUCAAAAUAAUGAAAACGUAAACAUGGGUGAUCGGUCAACAGAUCUUUCCGGCCGCAGCAGAACAAAAGGCGCCGAGUGA